UCAUCACAAUUCACUUAACUUCAUAAAUUCUCAGUUUUUUCUUUCUAACUAUUCCAUUUUCUAACCGAGUAAAUUAUGAAUCCAAGAAUGGUUGCUGGUUUUCGAAGAUCUCUUUCUUUCAACUAUCCAAACCAUUCAAACAAGCCAAACAAAAAAGCUUUUCACGUUCGAUCCACUAGUCUUCCAUGUGAUCGAUCCCAUCCUUUGAUUGCUCAGCUCAAAGAUGGGCUCAACGAGCUCAAAACAUGGGCUUCCAAGCCCGAAACCCGCACCUCUGCAUGGCUCUGUGAUGGCUUAACACAACUCAAAAUCGUUCACGAAUCCCUCGACGAUCUCCUCCAACUUCCUCAAACCCGUGAGUCUCUCCAUAACCACUCCGAACUUGUCGAGAAGCUUCUAGAAGAUUUCCUUGGCUUCGUCGACGUCUAUGGAAUCUUCCAAACAUUAAUUCUCACCCUCAAGGAAGAGCAUUCAGCUGCACAAGUUGCUUUAAGACGUAAAGAUGAAUCCAAGAUUGCUUCCUACGUCAAAGCUCUAAGAAAAUUAGCAAAAGAAAUGAACAAACUCGUGUCCAACAUGCAAUAUUGUAUAGGAAAAUAUGUCCUUGUCCUACCACAACAAUCUAUAGAAGAUACAGAGCUAGUAGAAGUAUUGAAAGACGUUAUAGAAGUGACUGUACUAGUUUCAGUUGCGCUUUUUAAUGGGCUUUCUGUGUCAAUGUCAUCGACAAAAUCAUCUUGUUCUUGGUUGGCAAAGAAAACGAAGAAAGUGAAAUUGGAUGAAGGGAUUGAAGAGUUUUCAAAAAUGAGUUUGUUGAGAAAGAAAAUGGAAAGUGAAGAGGUGAAGAUGGUUUCUAAAAAAAUGCAUGAAUUGGAAGAUUGCAUUGGUGGGAUUGAAAUUUGUGGGCAGAAAGUAUUUAGGAGUUUAAUUAACGCUAGGGUUUCAUUGCUCAAUGUAUACACGCAGUAGAGGAAGAAAAUUGAGAUAAUGCAUAGAUAUUGUAAAUUUUCCUCUAAUCUUUUUCCUUGUUUUUUUUUUCGGUUUUAAACUUUGUAUAAUUUAAUUGGGGAAAAGGAAAAGGCAUAAAAUGCUUCCUGAGGAUUGAAUAGUACUAGAGUACAGUUUUAGUUGUACAGAUUUUAUAGGAAAGUAAACUUUACACAGGUGAUAUAAAGUCUACAACUUAUUAAUUUCA